GCUCGGGACACGCCGCCCAUGGCUCAGGCGUCUCGUUCUGGUGGCCUUCUGCCUCCGCUUGCUACGGUGCCGCCGUUGUGGGCGCGCCCCGAGGGCGCUGGGGAAGAGCCGCGGGAGAGAAGGCUGGCGGGCGCUCUCGGCCGGGACGUUCAGGGCUGCCCGGGGUUGCCGGUUGCCGGGAGCAUCCCCUGCCUGGACCCGCGGCCCGGCGGAGCCCCAGGAGGGCAGCCGUGGUGGGCGGCGCCGGCGGAGGCGGGAGAGAACCAUGAGGCUGGCGCUGCGGACUGGAGGCGGGAGCCCGCCGCUGGAGGCCCGAUUCCUGCCGUGCUGCAGCGUCUCCGGGCCGUGUUGCUGCGGCUGCACCGCGAGCGGGAGCAGCUCCUCCAGGCCCGGGACUACGCCCGCCACCUACAGGCCGCCGUGCGCCUCCUGAGGAUCCCGAGUCCCGGCGCGCCAUCCCCCGGCCCCGGUCCCUUGCCUCAGCUGUGCCGCGACCUGCUGCCGCACCCUUCCCGAGGGGCCGUUCUGCGAACCGGCCUUCGGGAGACUCCUGAGCCGCUACUCGUGGCGCGCCCUGCCGGACUAGCCGCCCAGAGCCUAGAUGCUGCCAUCGAGAUGCAGCUUCGCGCUCUGGGCCGGGCGCCCGCCGGCCCGGGCUUGUCGUCCCAGCUCGCCGACCUGCUGCUGGCGCUUCCCGCCUACCACCAGCUGCAGGGAAAAGCCGUGAGCCACCUUCCAGGGGCAGCGCGCCCUUUCCCCCCGGCCCGUGUGCUCCGCCUCCUGACGGGGGAGCGGGGUUGCCAGGUAGCAGGUCGGCUGGAUGAGGCGCUCAGGGGAUCGGGCUUGCGAGACCAGCUCCGCAGGCGGUGCCAUGAGGAGCGAGAGCUGCUGCCAGGGCUCCUGGGCCUGAUGGGAGGCGUGGCGGGUUCAGCCAGCAGCGGACUGGGGCUUGGAGGGGCUGGAGCCCUGUGGAGCCAGUACUGGACCCUGCUGUGGGCAGCCUGUGCUCAGAGUCUGGACCUAAGUCUAGGACCCUGGAGGGACCCCAGGGGAGCGGCAGAACAGCUGAGUCAGGCACUGGGUCAGGCAUCCCUGCCUCAGGAGUGUGAGAAGGAGCUGGCUUCUUUGUGUCACAACCUAUUGCAUCAGUCUCUUAUCUGGAGCUGGGACCAAGGCUUCUGCCAGGCCUUGGGAUCUGCUGGUGGAGAUCAGAGCAGCCUUCCCUCAUCCUCUCAUACCACUGAACUUUUGCAACAGCUCUUCCCUCCUCUCUUGGAUGCCCUUCGAGAACCCAAGUCAAGGCUGCUCCUCUAUCAGCCUCCAGGUCCUGCACCCCUUGCCCUGGGGCUCUGUACCCUGCAGACCACCUUGCUCUGGUUUUGGGGGAGAGCUCAGCAGCAUCUGGCAGCGUGGGCCCCAGGUUCCUUCCUGCCCCUGAUCCAGAAGGACUUACCUCCUCUAUUGCAUGAGGCAGGAGCUCUGUCUCGCCUGGCCUCAGAGGAAAGCUUGGCCCUGGAAGUGGAGCAGCAGCUGGGCCUGGAGAUCCGGAAGCUGACUGCACAGAUUCAGCUCCUGCCUCAAGAGUCACUAAGUCUCUUUUUUCAAGAAUGUCAUAAACAAGCCACACAGGGCUUUGAACUCUACAUGCCACGGGGUCGGUACUGGCGGCAUCGUCUCCGUCCUGGUAACUCCUCAUCCGAUAUCCCCUUCCACAGUUCCCAGGGCAUAAUAGUAUCCCAACCCCUCCAAAUCCUGGCUCCACUCCUGUCUCCAUCCUUGUCCUCAUCUUCUGUGUGCCCCCACCCCAAAAUCCUAUGCUCUGCCCCCAGACACCCCAUUAGGGACUCAGUGGAUCUCCAUAGCCUCAUAUUCUGUCCUUUCUCUUCUCUCACUCCAGAACUACCCAGCACUCCUAGUGAGUAUGCUUGGUUGGUGGUCCGUACUGUACUGGAGCCUGUGUUGCAAGGAUUGCAAGGAUUGCCACCCCAAGCCCAGGCCCCUGCCCUCGGCCAGGUGCUGACUGCCAUCCUGGGUGCCUGGCUUGACCACAUCCUCACCCAUGGGAUCCGGUUCAGCCUGCAGGGGACGCUGCAGCUCAGACAAGACUUUGGAGUGGUCCGGGAGUUGCUGGAGGAGGAGCAGUGGGGCCUGGCCCCGGAACUUCGCCAGACUCUGCUCAUGCUCAGCAUCUUCCAGCAGCUGGACGGGGCCCUGCUAUGCCUCUUGCAGCAGCCCCUGCCCAAGACUCGAGGCCACAGGUGGCCUCCCUGUUGCUGUGCAUGUAAUGAGGUCCAGACCAUGGAAUUGCCCAGCAGCAGCCUCAACAGCCUGGAGAGCUUGGAGCCCCCUCUUCAGCCUGGAGCACCCCCAACCCAGACAGCUCAGCUGCUAAGCACACUGUGGGGAGGGGGACCCAGCCCUGAGGCUUACCUGGUGGGAAAUCAGCAGGCCUGGCUUGCCCUGAGGCAGCACCAGCACCCUCGUUGGCACUUGCCUUUUCUUUCCUGCCUGGGGACCAGUUCUGAAUCCUAAGGAGCCUGAUCAGAUGCCAGAAAGUCAGAGCUCCCCAUCUCUGGCUAGAAAAGCCCAGGCAUUGAGAACUGCAUAUUUAAAAAGCUUACAAUUGGGAGCUUGGAAGAAAGCACACCUGAGAACCACAAGCUCCAUAGAGCCUGGACUUACAAGCUAAGGGUCCAAGAUCACUCCAGUGCCUGGAAGUCAGAGUCAGGGGCAAAACCGCAGCUUGGAACCUGGAGGUCAGCCUCCUUGGGAGGCUCAGGCCUGGUUCCCCACCAGUGAAGGCAUCUCAGGGCUAGAUGCUGGAAGGAGGGCCAGCCGCUGGGAGAAGGGCUAUAGGGUUGGAUCCCAGAGGAAUGGGAAA